UUUUGUUUAUUCGAAUUAUUGCAUGCGAUUUUUAAACGCGGAAAGAGUUGAUUUUGCUUGGCUUGCAUUAUUUAAUAUUUUAUUUUCUUUUGCUGUAGAGUGAAUAAACUAUUACUAGCACUCUGCAGACGUAAACACAUUUGUGCAGCUUACUAUUAAAUAGUUCCUAAGAAUUUUUCACUAGAGACUUUUGUUAAGCACGUCGUGAUGGAUCCAACUAUUUCAGUGUCCAAGGGUUGCUUCGUUUUUAAAGGCGUUGCAGCUGGGAAAAGCGCCGUUAAACGGAAGCUCAAGGAGGAUAAUGCAACCGCAUUGCGAAGCCAAAUGACCAGUCAGCCAUUCUACACAACUUACGCGGACACUUGGCAAAAAUUGGAAAGUCACAUUGAACAGCUUCAAUCCAAAAGCUAUACAAAAACUCUAGAAGAUGUGGUUAAAUACAUUCAAAAAGAAUGCAGCACCGACGGGGCUAUGGACACAUAUGACAUGGAAGAAAUAGUGCCCGCUGCAGCUCUUUUAACCGGUGUCAAUCAACCUGACCACUUGGAGCAGUUCGCUACACUGUCUCAACGAUUGUUACAAAAAAUGUCAGCGUCAGUGUGCAUGUUGCAAUCGCGAGAUUGUUCUACACUGAAGUCUGCAGUGGAGGCUAUGGUAUACAAUUUCAUAGAGACGGCAGAACGGUCAACGUCACAAACGAAAUUGGCAGACGAAGAUGUGGAUCGGCGCGAAAGAAAGCGUUUGCGACGUACGCAGUGUAAUAUGCGCCAUUUGUUGCAGUGGUAUCGACGAAAAUACGGAAAGCGGGGAUUGCCAGAGGAGAUGCAAGUAGACGACUCAAAUGACGAGCAUUUUGAGGAAAUUAUCUUAUCAGAAAAACACCCCGCAGAGUGGUCGCACGCUUUAAUAGUUGUUUUACCUGAUUUUGAAUGUUUCAAUGCGAGCAUACUACAAGAUUUUAUUCUUAUGUUGAGUGCAUAUCGGACACACUUGCCUUUUGUACUGAUUUUUGGCGUAGCAACUGCUGUUUCAGCUAUUCAUAAUGCACUGCCUUAUCACGUCACCAGCAAAGUAAAGCUCUGUGUAUUUAAGACACAAACGGCUCCUGUUUGCUUAAACGAGAUUCUGGAACAUGUUAUUCUCUCUCCACGAUAUGCCUUCCAUCUCUCGGGCAAAGCCUUCAAGUUUCUCACACACAUCUUUCUGUAUUACGAUUUUUCCAUUCAUGGCUUCAUUCAAGGCUAUAAAUACUGUCUAAUGGAGCAUUUUCUUCAAGGCAAUGCCUAUGCGCUCUGCUCCAAUUAUUCGACAUCCCUGAAUCAAAUAAAAGCGUUAAGUCAUGAUGAUGUUGAAAGCAUACGUCGUUUGCUCUCAUUUCGUCCAUAUGUGGAGGGCAUCAACGAUUGUAAGCGCAUCAUUGCCAUACUUACUGACGAUAACUAUUUGAAAAAGAAGUUGCCACAACUGUUACGCGACUGUCAUAUCCAUUUUAUGAUACUACGAAUAUUUCUAGAAUUCCUCGCUGUGUUGGUGGGUGAUUUACCAAAAUGUCCGCUGGGUAAGCAGCGCCGUGAAUUAUACGCUGUAUGUUUAUCCAAAGAACUAUGCGAGCAACCGGAGUUCAAGGAAUGUUGGCAAUUGCUAGGUUUUAUGUCCAAAGAUGAAUUUGUUGCAAAAAUAUCUAAAGCAACCUCAGUAACUGAAGAUUUUAUGCGAACCGAAAUCACUAGCCUAGAGUUAGCCAACGACUGCAUGACAACAGUUAAUGCCAAAUUGCAAGAUGUAAAGAAUAAUUUGUCGAAGGUUGUAAUGGCUGGUAUGGAAGAGAAAUCACCGACCAACGCUGCUGCUAGUAAUAACUAUUCCUCUACGCCAUCGACGCCAGAUGCUAAUAAACAGAAAUUCACCUCACGUCAAGAUCUCAAAGAGCAUUUGUUACAAAAGUCCAAGCAGCAGAAUAAAUCCACUUCAGAGUUCGCGCAAGCUGUGGCGCAAACGCUGUUGUAUAUAAAAAAUGAGAUUAUAGUACCUCAUCUGGCGCCACUUACACGCGCUCCUCCAUUGCAUGAGCUAUUCGUAUUCAGCGAUUUGUCCACCGUGCGUCGUAAUAUCAUUGGCGCACCUCGAGCAGCACUGCAUAUGGCACUGAACAAUCCAAACUACUACUUGCAAUGUAAAUGUUGCCAAUUGUCUGAGUCGACACAGUUAUUGGCCACUUUGCCGGAUUUAUCUGUGGCAUAUAGACUGCAUCUGGAAUGUGGACGUAUGAUAAAUCUCUUCGACUGGUUGCAAGCAUUUCGAUCGGUGGUAGAUGAUAUUGAAAAUGAGCGCGAGCAAGUUGAUCCACAAAUUCAAGCUCGUUUCACGCGUGCUGUAGCCGAACUGCAAUUUUUGGGAUACAUCAAAAUGUCGAAACGCAAAACAGAUCAUGCUACUCGGUUGACGUGGUAGUUGAGCCUAAUGAUUUUUAUUUAUUCUCUUUUGGAAAAUUGGUUUUUGAAAUAAAUGCUAUUUGUAAAUUAAAAUAAAUACCUAUUAUUUAAGUAAAUGAGCAAGAACAGA